AUGUUUUUUACUUUCUUUCAUUAUGCUCUCUUCUUUCUUUCUUUCUUUCUUUCUUUCUUUCUUUCUUUCUUUCUUUCUUUCUUUCUUUCUUUCUUUCUUUUCAAGCUUUUUUUUCUUUCUUUCUUUGAUCCCAUGUUUUUUACUUUCUUUCAUUAUUCUUUCUUCUUUCUUUCUUUCUUUUUUCUUUCUUUCUUUCUUUUUCUUUCUUUCUUUCUUUCUUUAAUACACCAAGCCUCUUCUUUUCUUUCUUUGAUCCCAUGUUUUUUACUUUCUUUCAUUAUGCUCUCUUCUUUCUUUCUUUCUUUCUUUUUUCUUUCUUUCUUUCUUUCUUUUCUCAGCCAAGCCUUUUUCUUUCUUUCUUUCUUUCCCAUUUUUUUACUUUCUUUCAAUUUCUCUUUUCUUUCUUUUUUUCUUUCUUUUUCUUUCUUUCUUUCUUUCUUUUUCUUUCUUUCUUUCUUUCUUUACACCAUUCUUUCUUUCUUUCUUUCUUUGAUCCCUCUUUUUUCUUUCUUUCAUUAUUCUCUCUUCUUUCUUUCUUUCUUUCUUUCUUUCUUUUUUCUGCUUUCUUUCUUUCUUUCUUUCUUUGAUCCUUUGUUUUUUUCUUUCUUUUCUUUCUUUCUUUUCUUUCUUUCUUUCUUUCUUUCUUUCUUUUCUUUUCUUUCUUUCCAAGCCUUUCUUUCUUUCUUUUCCCAUGUUUUUUUACUUUCUUUUCAUUUUGCUUUCUUUCUUCUUUCUUUUUUUCUUUCUUUUUUUUAUGCUUUCUUUCUUUCUUUCUUUUUCAUGUUUUUUUCUUUCUUUCAUUUUCUUUCUUUUUUUCUUUCUUUCUUUCUUUCUUUCUUUCUUUCUUUCUUUACACCAAGCCUCUUUCUUUCUUUCUUUGAUCCCAUGUUUUUUACUUUCUUUCAUUAUGCUUUCUUCUUUCUUUUCUUUCUUUCUUUCUUUCUUUCUUUCUUUCUUUCUCUUUACACCAAGCCCUCUUUCUUUCUUUGA